CACAAACCCAUGAUUUUUUCAAAAAAACAAAUAAAAAGGCCAAUCGACAUGUCAUAUUUUCUCUUUCUCUUUUUCUCUACUUGUACCAUGUCUUUAUCCCAUAUUGUGUUUGCCUCUCGACGUAUAUUUAAGCGACUCAAUAAUAAAAAUAAAACGUCAUUUUUGUCGUUGCCCAUCAACAAAUCAUUCAUAUCUCUACACCGUCGUUCAAGAAGAAAUAGCACUUUAUCAUGUACAGCGCACUUAGUGGAAUACACAGCAGACGAACUAUUUGAACUCGCUCAAGAUCAUUUGUUUGGAAGAAAUAGACCUAAAGAUGAAACAGUAGCAGUUCUUUGUUUAAAAGACGCAGCCAUUAGUCACGAUCAUGCUGGAGCUCAGGCAAUCCUUGGAUUUUGUUAUGAAUUUGGCAUAGGUACUCUAUCAAACUUCCAACUUGCCGAACACUAUUAUACCAUGUCCAUCAAGACAGCUUUGCAACACCAAGAUCGAUUUGAUCGUUUUUCAGAAGCAACACUUGUUGGUGUCAUUCGACUUGCAUUUCUAAGGAAAUAUGGACGUCCCGGUGUGCGCAUCAAUCGAGUAGAAGCGGAGUAUUGGGAAACCAAGAUCAACCAGCGCGGCCCUGAUGCAAUAUCAUGGCUACAACGCGCUGCACAAGUUUAUCAAUGCUCAGCGAGUCAGUACUGUCUAGGUGUCUGUUAUCAUGAUGGUAUUGCUGUAGCCAAGAGUCCAACAGAAGCAUUUCAAUGGUACAAAUCAAGCGCAGAACAAGGCAACAGCCGCGGUCAAGGCAUUUUAGGGUUCUGUUACUGUGAAGGCUUUGGUGUGGCCAAGUCAGAAAAAACAGCAUUAGAGUGGUACCGUCGCGCUGCUGAAAAAGGUGAAACAGUGGCUAUUUAUAACAUGGGCUAUUGCUACGAAGAUGGUAUUGGUGUUGAAAAAGAUCAUGUUGAGGCUGUUAAAUGGUACACACUCGCUGCGGAACAAGGUAAUGCAUUUGCUCAAAAUUCAUUGGGCUAUUGCUAUGAAGACGGUGUCGGUGUACCACAAGAUAAAGUGACAGCGGCCAUUUGGUACCGUCGAUCUGCUGAACAAGGCUAUCCAUGGGCAGAAUGUAAUCUUGGUUAUUGCUUUCAAAACGGGAUUGGCGUUGAAAAAAACGCGGCUCUAGGUGCCUAUUGGUACGGCCAAGCUGCUCGGCAAGGUCAUGCACGCGCUCAACAUAAUCUUGGAUUUUGCUAUCAGAACGGCAUUGGUGUUACAAAAAACCUGAAAUUGGCUGUUGUGUGGUACACAAAGUCUGCUCAACAAGGGAAUAUUUUUGCAUUUCAUUCACUGGGUUAUUGCUAUCAGAAUGGUUUAGGUGUUGAAAAAGAUCAGCGCGAGUCUGUUUAUUGGUAUUUUAAGAGUGCUGAACUUAACCAUGCUCCUGCUCAACUGUCGCUUGGUUUCUGUUUCCGCAAUGGAAUGGGUGUUGAAAAGAACGAAGCAGAAGCAGUCAAAUGGUUUCGUCGAUCUGCUUUACAAGGCAACCCAUUAGCACAAAAUUCACUCGGUUUUUGCUACGAAGAAGGACUUGGUAUCAGUAAAGACCUAAAGGCCGCUGUCUAUUGGUAUGCCAAGGCUGCUAAACAAGGCAACCCAUGGGCACAAUGUAAUUUGGCAUUCUUGUAUGCAAAUGGUACCGGCCUACCAAAGAACAGUUCGAAGGCAGUCUAUUGGUAUCGAAAAGCAGCCGCUCAAAAUCAUGCUCGUGCCCUUGACAAGUUAGGUCUUCAUUUGCAGUCUGGUAUUGGUGUCAAUCAAGACUUGGAAUUAGCUUUUGAAUUGUUUCUACGCGCUGCUGAACAAGAUCAUGUGUCUGCCCAAUACCAUUUAGCCAAUUGCUAUGAAAAAGGUUUAGGCACUUCGCUUGAUCUAAGGCAAGCCACUGUUUGGUUUGAAAGGGCAGCUAUAGCUGGUUGCCGAAAUUCAUAUGAAAGAUUGAGAAGACUGUUGGUGCGUGUCUGCUUGACUUCUUCCAAUGCCAGGAAUGAGGAUGAUUUGAUGUAUUCUGGUUUUGUCUGUGGACAUGCUGCACCUGCUGCUUAAAAAAAAUUACUUGUAUACCCUUUCUCUUUUGUCUGCAUAAUAAAUAAUAGAUUUUUCUGUUCCUGCAUAAAAUAAAGUGACCUUCGUCAUCGUUGACAGUCAUUGAUCUGAGUCAAAAUUCAAAAAUUCUCUCUCUCUUUUUCUAUUCUACCUUCCUUCUAUC